GUGACGUAGCCAAACGUGCCUGUUCUGGUUCGGGUCACUUUGCUGAAAAUACUGAACUCAUUUUGGACACUUGCCCAUGCCGCUGUUCUCUGCAGAGCCGCGGUGUUAUGUGCGGUACUUUAACUAACGGUUUCAGGCGGUGUGUGUUACCCUGACAAACCAGCGGUGGGCAGGACCUCACCCUGAAAAUGAGGUAAUUUUGUGCCUUUUGUUCACCCCAUCCGCUCACACCCCAACAGCCACCGGCCUAGCCCUCCGCGGGGGGCUGCGUUCGAGGCCCCGGGCCGGGCUGAGCUGAGCCCCAGGUGCGUGGGUAACGGCCAGGGGAGGCUGUUUCGCCCCAGCUGUGUGGGUAACGCCCGGGGAGAUGGUUCUAGAUGUUUCCAGCUGGUUCCAGGGGGCCGGGCUGACCCGCCCGGGGGUUUCCGUUGGUGGAGGCGCGCGCCGCUCGCGCUCAACGGCCGCCGCGUGCUCCGGGAGCGCAGUGACCGCCCAGGUCCCGAGCCCGACCGCCGGGCCGGAGGGGACGCAGCCCGGCCCAGCCCAGCCCCGACCGCCGGGCCGGAGGGGACGCAGCCCGGCCCAGCCCAGCCCCGACCGCCGGGCCGGAGGGGACGCAGCCCGGCCCAGCCCAGCCCCGACCGCCGGGCCGGAGGGGACGCAGCCCGGCCCGGCAGGACCGUGGGAAUCGACGCCCCGCGGCCGGAGGGGACAGCGCGGAGGAGCGGCCGGUCCGCACCGCCGGCAGCACCAAGUCCAUAACGAAGCUGGUUCGUAUCCAGACCUGUGGUUGCCUGUGGGGCUGGGACCCUUGGCUGCUCCCCAAAUCCCCAUGGCCAGCAUCACCAUCUGCAGAGACACCCAGGAGCCCUGCGUGGGCUCAGUAACAGCUUCACGAGAAGGUGUCUCUGGGAGUGCCCAGGGAGAGGCAGCAGAUGCCCCUGCCCGGCAAAGGACCCCCUGGAUCUACAGCAAGUGGUGCUGGGUGCAGCGCCGUGCAGCAGAGCAACCAUGCAGCAGAGCGACCGUGCAGCAGUGCCUGUGCAUCACCGCGAGCAGAGCGACCGUGCAGCAGUGCCUGUGCAUCACAGCGAGCAGAGCGACCGUGCAGCAGUGCCUGUGCAGCCCUCAUGCCGCAGAGCAACCAUACAGCAGAGCCCAUGCAUCGCCACAAGCAGAGCAACUGUGCAGCAGUGCCUGUGCAUCAUCAUGCAGCCGAGCAACCGUGCUUGUGCAGCCAGCACCAUGCAGCAGAGCCCAUGCAGCACCACACAGCGCCAUGCAGCAGAGCAGCCUGGGCUGUGCAGCACCAUGCAGAAGAGCAGCAGAGCCUGUGCAUCAUCACACAGCAGAACAGCAUGGACUGUACAGCACCAUGCAGCAGAGCAACUGUGCUUGUGCAGCCAGUGCCAUGCAGCAGAGCCCAUGCAGCACCCCGCAGCGAGCAGCCCGGUCUGAGCAGCACUGUCCCCAGGCUGCCCUGCCCAGCAGAAACCCAGGUCCUGCAUCCUUUGGCCAAACGCUCUUCCCGGCCGACACUGGCUGUGUGCUUGACAGCUCCUGUGAACGCGGCAUCACCGUCUGGCUUUGACACCAUCACCAUUCUGCCUCUGGAGUUGCUUCACUGUGAAAUGGCUUCACAGUAUUCAAAGUGAAGAGAAAUUGAUGGCUUGUCCCAGUGGACAGUAUAAAUUCUGUGCAGCGGUAUAAAUCAACCCCAUGACCAUCAGAUCGGCAGCCCUGGCAGCCUGUGUCCCCAUCCUGCCCGCUCUGCACACAGCCGCUCCACGGGCAGCCCGGGGACACUGGGCACCGAGCUGGUGGCCCAGCCAGGUUGUCACCGGGCUGAGAUCCGAAAUUUGCUGCGUGUCAGCGGUGCAAGGGGUUAUUGUGGGAACCGUGUUACCCUCAUAGCUGUAAAACCCCAUUUUGAAGAGAUGAGUUGUUCACCACCACAUCUCAUUCCUGUCGCCCCAGUGCUGUGUGUGCGGGAGGGUGCGUGGGGGCAUUUGCUGCAGCGGGGACAGGGCUGGGGCUGCAGAAGAGCUCACAUCAGUUUGUUCUGCGCAGCCGCGGCGGCGCUGGUGGGUCAGACCCGCAGCACCGCGACCCCGCUCCUCCCGGCACCUUCCUCACCCCGUUAGCUGAGAAUGGCUGUUCUGAGUAAGUCAGUGCAUUGGAAAUCUUUGAUCUGUACCUCUAGACUGGCGGGAAAUUUGUCUCAAACCUGGAGGCUAUCUGAAAUCAAUAAUAUCAUCAGCUUCACCCGCAUUUACAAAGAUAAUAUUUCCAUAAUGUCGCCUGAUUUGGAGGGGAAGAAGAAAGGCUGUGCAGUACAAAAAGUCAUAAAAAGCAUUGUAGUGAAGCAGCAUUAACUGUUAGAAAACUUUUCCAAGACCAUUAAUUGAACUUUGUUACAAGAUUUAAAUGAGAUAUUGAAAAUCAAACGCUGGGGCCUGGCUUUGAUUGCCUGUUCUCCGAUAGAGCAUAAUCUCAGAGACGCAGUUUCUAUUUUCAUCUGUAAAGAAGGAUCCAGCAGCCCUGGGGAACCGGUGUCACCUGUUUGCUGCUCCCGACAUCCACAUCGCGUUGGGAGCCAUUUCUCUUUGUGUUCUCCGCCGAGCUCCCGUGUGCCAGGGCACGUUGGGAGCAUUUGUUGUCGGUAGUUAAAUCCUGUUCUGUGGUGCUGCUAAAAGCAAAUCUUAAUAGAAGUAUCGCUAGGAGCGUCUCAGAACUCUUGCUCGUGCUGCUCCGGUUCAGCAGCAGCUCCUCCCAGCAGCUCCCAGUCCUCCCCAUGGGCUUGGGGUCAGAAGAGCCCAGAGUAGGGCACAAAAAGUAAAGCUGAGCCUCAGUUCUGUGCUAAUUUUACCCAUCUCCGAGCUAAGGAUAGUGAGGUUUUACUGUAUAACAGGCCCUUUAUCAGCAAAACAACUUCCUUCUGCGUAUGUUGUCCCCCACUGGUAACAGCAGAUGCAUGUUUGUAGAUACACUGUAGAUACCAUGUUUGAAGCAACUGAAACUCUACUUUUAUAUUGUGAAAUAGCAGCAGGAAAGGGGCAAUCACAGCCUUAACUUCUUUUAUUAUUAUUAUUAUUAUUAUGUAUUUAGUGAUGAGUGUUAGUGUUUGACAAGAGGUGGGGAAGGAUCUUUCUUGUUUGCACCCCCAGGCACUGUGUUCUGGGUGCUGUUUGUCCCGUGGUUUGGUCAGGGCUGCCCACAGGGCCUUAAAACACUGGCCUUUAAUACUGCACGUAGAUAACGUGGUCCCUCAGUCAUUGUUUCCGUUUUAAAUUUUCAUAAAGUGCUGAAUAUUUGAUGCAGACAAAGCCGGUCCUCACUGCGCUUCCCGUGCCUGUGGGCAAAUGGCUUGUUUGGGGGUCCCGGGGAUGCUUGUAGCUCUGCAUUAGUGUUCAUUUGAAAAGACAUGCACCUGCAGAUGCACUUAAUCCUGUUUUUUAAGUGUUGUAGAAGAAACUCCCAGUAUUGGGAACAAGUGGUUCAUGGUAGAGGAGGUUUAAUGCCACUCAGUAGAAGUGAAUUUUUGAUGGUGCAACAGUCUGAUAAUGGCCGUAAUGUCUCAACGGACAAGUAAACAACGCUGGAGAAAUUAAAAUAAUUCAGUGUAUUAAUACUGCAGGUUGAGCAGUAAACAGGACACGUACUCAUGAAAAACAGGGCAUUUUGGGUCUGAAGGGUGUUAGCUCUGUCCUUUGGAGGGGUGCGCAGCCGUUUGGCAGCACCGCUCCAGGAGGGGACCCGGCAGGCCCGGCGCAAUCUCCAUCUGUUUGCUCUUCCCACCAAAGCUGGUUCCACACCAUGGCCGUACCCAUCGCCCUCACGUGUGUUGGCGUCACCCAUGGCCUGAGAACAGGCGGCUGCGAGUCCCGGUUGGUACCGAGGCACCAAAACACCCUGGGGAGAUGGGCUCUCCAUUUGUGGGGCAAAUGCACCGUUUCCCAUUGACUUCUCAAAAUCCACUAUCCUGGCGUGAAUCACAUCCAUGCAGAAUGGGAACAUCUGACCCAAACUGAAACACAGAAGCCCCAGCGGGAUGAGAACAGUAGACUGGGAGGUGAAGCGCUGCGUGUGUUGGAAAGGGCAGCUGCACAGAUGGCGGGGGAGGCAAAACGUGUCCGAAUCUGACAGUUUGGACAUCAGUGAUAUUAGGGAUAUUUACACCUGGUGAAUGCUUAAAGAGAGCGGCUGUGAUGAUAGAUCUGUGUCCUCAACGGCUGAUCCCUUUUCUUUUCUUUUUGGUGGGAGGAUGUGUUUACAGAGAACUGCCAAACCUGAAUCGCUUGGUACUGGAGAGCUGCAGCUUCCGUUCCAAGGGGGUUGAUUUGCCUACCUCACUAGUUUUAAAACAGUUCCUAGUAGUUUGGGGAUUUCUUGGGAUUUUUUGAGAUGCAGAAUGUUAUGAUUUAUUUUUACUGGCAUUGCUGUUUCAUCACACUAUGUUUGAAUAUAGAGAGUGGAAAAGCUGUUGCACAGACUGGUGAAGAUUCAAAAUGCGAUGGUUCCUCAGGCCUGAGAGCGUGAGAGGGUUGUUGUGUGUGCGCAGAAGUGCCGGUGCGUGUGCCUGCACCCCCGGUUUGGGACGCUGUUGUGGGGGACACGGGGGUCCCCGCCAGCACCAGCCUCUGGAGAUGGUUGUUCCCGGGGCAGGGGCUGAUCCCUCGCUGGAUCCUGCAGGUCGCGCUUCAGGGAACGAUAUAAAGUUCUAAUUCUCUUGCUGCCAUACGCCGUCGGUAACUCUGUGAAUAAUUAGGAUGAUCCAGCGCAUUGCUGUACAUCCAAGGCUGUCGGAUGAGGGUCUGUUUGCAGAGUUUGUUCUUUUAAAAGCUGUGUAUCGUAUCUGUCCACGUGAAACAGCCUGGAACGUACCUACCCCUGCAGGAGCCUUGGAGUGACCAAAGUAAUCCGGUCACGGCAAAAGAUUUUACUGUGAAAUUGCGUUAGAUCCGCGAAGGAUCAGGGUGUUUAUCAGCGGCUGCGUGUUAUCUCUUCCUCUGUACAGCUGAACCCCAGGAGCUGCAAACCGUUCUCUCUCAGGCUUUCAGUGGCCUCUGGGCAUCGACUGCAUGGAGAACAGGGAAUAAAAGCGAACCCCAGACAGCGAGGCGAAGGGCGACCCCACGUUCAGCCCGUCCGCCGCACACAGAGCCGAGCCCAGCGCUGCGCACACACUCGGUCGGUCUUUUCUUCUCGUUAAUUAAGUGCUUGUCUGAAUACUAAUCCCUAUUCAUUACUUACCAGUAUGGCCGUAAUCUUAACUCCUGGGUCUGGAAGAUGAAAAUGCCCAGGAAGCAGCCUGCACCACUGCAGAUGCAAGUGGGACCUGCGUUACUUUGUAAGUGUAAUAUGAUUGAAAAGAUUGGUCUUCCCCUGUGAUUAAUAAUAGAUCAGGCCUCUCGUGGUUCCUACUUCAGGUUUUAAUUUUAAACAAGCUGUUGAAAUGCAGUCUGUGUGCAGGAAGGGCUUCACAACAGCCUUUGUUUGGAUUGAAAACAGAAGUUUGUGCUGUCUUGGAAAUGGAAAACCAGAGAGCUCUGUAAAAAUUCAGCCUCCUGUGAUAACAUACGGUCGCUUUCUGGAUUUGUUGAACAAGGAAGUUUGUGCGCAGUCAGACAGUGCAUCUUAACAGUCGUACAGAGAUGGAGAACAGGAUGUAUAUGAGCAAUGGCUGUUGGUCAAGGUGUUUCUAUGACAACUGAUACAAUUUCCUUUCAGUGAUGGAUUACAGAGGAGAGCUCCGGGAGGUGCGAGGUGAUGCAGUUGGGGGCACAGAGCCUUCCUCCGAGUUACUGGGCAGUUCUGGUUCUGCCUUUGAGCAGCACUGCGGUGGAGCCCCUGGGGCUGGUGGCGCCGGGGGCGGUUUGUGCAGCCGGCAGCUCAGUUCAGUCCAUCUGACCCCGUUUCUCACGUCCUUUCCUCCCCGCGCUCCCAGCUCUGUGUUCCUGCCCCAUCAUCCCGUGUUCCAGCCGGCAGGAGAGCAGCUUCGCGCAACCCGCGUCGUGUAUACAUUCUUAGUUGUCUGGGUUUUUCUGAAGCUCUUGUGCUCCGGUUUCCUCCCAGGAGGUCGCAAAGAUGAGGCUGAAGUCCCGUUGGUAAGUCCCCCGGUGUCACUGUACCUGUUGAGAACGUCACAGCCUGGACGCCACGGCCGAGCUGGAGCUGUGACACUCGUGUGGUUCGCUGCUGUGCUGCAGUGGUGGUUUUCCAGCCUGCACACCAGAGAUGAAACUGAGAAGUGUGUUUAGGACAAGGAAUGCCUUUGGAGUGGGAAUUAGUGUUGGGAUCAGCUCCACAAAAUCAACGGGUGGAAGGACGUGUGUGGCGGUUCGGAGCCGUGCGCGUCGCUGAGUGUGCCAGAACCCCCGGCGCCGCGGGAGGAGGGGGGAGCGUCGUCUUUCCUGGUGAUAGAACCAUGGGCUGGCAGGGCCCUGCGGACCCGCGCUUUGAGGAAGGCUUCUACCGACACUGGAGGCCAGCAGCAGCGUCGGGAGGGAAGAAUGAAAAAGAAACUCUUUGCUUACCAACAGUUUUGAUGCAUCUUUGUGAGCAGGGACUGAACCUGGCACUUGGGAGCUGAAACUGCCAACACCUGCCAGAGGUAAAGAGUAAAACCUGACAGGACGGUGGCAGCAAAGGGCUCCAGCUCCGAGCGGUGUCACCGGGGGAGCGGGACGUGCGUGGGUGUCCCCGCAGGCUCCGGACCGGCCAUGGGAAGCGCUGCCGAGCUCUGCUUUCCCAACAGACACGUCUGCCCUGCUGUCCCCCCGUGCCGUGACGGAGCCGUGGAGGCCAGAGGACCCAUCUGCAAACCCUGAGCGAGGACAGUGUCACAGGCAGGAAUUUCUGAGGUUAGCACUCCAGAUUUUUGUCUCCAUGGGUGUCAGGGAGCAGGACGCAGUGUCCUCUGCCACAGGGCUCUGCUGUUCUCCUGCCGCUCUGGGACUUGGGAUCCCUCUGUGACUCCUUCCAGAAGCGCAUCAUCUCCCUGCAGCUGCCAAAGGGGGUGAGAUGAUACUUCCCUUUCUCCUCUUUCUUUUCCAAUUUUAACACUUCUUAACAAAACCAGGGCUCAGAUACACCUUGUAAUGCAUGUGCUUUUUUUUUUUGUCCCGUUUUUAUGGAGCGUGCCUGGGGCAGCGCCCUCAGGUACCGCGCUCGGGAGCCGCGGGCUCGCCCCAGCCUGGUGAAGCUGCUCUUUGAUGAUGGAGCGGCAGCGAGACCCAGGAGCGCCGGCCAAGGGACUUGGACUUGGGAAGAGCUGAUGCUGCCGUGAGCGGAACAGUCCCCGUGCUCCACCUCCUCGGGGAUGUCCAGACGGAAGGUACAACACAACACUGACAGGGACUGAACCCAGUGUCAUCCGACAGGUGUGUGCUCAAUGGGUAAUAGAUGAAGACAUUGUGAAAACAGCACUAAUGCUGCACCGAUGGUAAGCACAUCCAAUUGGAAAAUAAAAGAUGCUAAAUGGAGGCAGUGAUCAAACCAGAAAGCCAUUCAGGAGGGAUAAAUCAUUUAAGAGUGACUCUGUGUUAACCUGCAGUAAAUGAGAAGAGACCUUUGAUGUUGAGUCUGUGCACAUACACGGAUGGAUCACACAGCAGGCAGGUAACCCGGCCCGGGCACCGCAGCUCAUCACCCACAGCCCUGGGGAUCCUGUGUGUGCCCACACACACCUGUGGAAAUGAGCAGCAAUAUGACAGGCUCUGGUUUUAGUCUCUGUUUUGGGUUUAAUGCAGCAGGAGCUGGGAGAAGAAAUUAAACCACCAAGAAACCCAAAUCAAAAAAAUACCCCCCAUGAAACUGCACACCACUCACUCCCACCCAGCAACAGCCUUUCCUGCUCAGCGUGUCAGUCCACCUCCCCCCCCAAAACGUGAACAACAAAUCAACAAACUGUAUUUUUUCCCAUUCAGAAAAAAGUUAUGGUCGUUGAGGAAGAAUCACUGAUGGUUACAUACGUGCUUAGCCCAAUGCUGGCUCUGUCCUUGGUUUUAUGGACAGUGUUGAGAAAAUGUUGCAGAGCUCUGUUAGUUGUUGGGCUGCUAAUUCAUUUCUCGCUAACAAAGCCUUUAGUUGGGUGGGAUUUCAUCUUUUGUUUGCUGUAAUUCAUUGUUAGCUCUGUGAAUAUUAAUAGCACAAGGAGAAGGCCUUGCACACAGGCAUCCAGCCGCACAAGGAGUCAAUCAGGGGCUGACGUGCAGGUCUUCAUCGCUAUGCGCUGGGGCCUGUGCUGCGGCUGUCAGAUCUUCUUUUGAUGCUGAUUAACUUCAUCAGUAUAAUUGAUCAAGUUGUCUAGAGAAAAUGGGAGGCUAAACACUUCACACAGCAAUCGGCACGGCGCACCCAGAGCGCCGGCACCGUGCAGAAGGCACCGCGCGGCGGCUGUGGGGCAACCGCAAGGAGGUUCCUCUCGCCACCCUGUCCGUCUGUGACAAGGUCACGAAAUAAAGGGCCUGGAAGAGAACCAGAGAAGGGUCAGAAAUGCCUCUUGGCAAAGGCAGGAUGCUGGGCUGAGGGAUGCGGGUGUUUUCAAGACUGUCAUUUAAGAACCUCCAGAGUAACUCCAGCACUUCUCAGUAUUAUUCUGAAACCCUGUUGAGCUGUUUGACACAAGAGGCAGAGCUGUUCCAUCAAGGACUGAUCCCACAAAAUGCUCAUCAUCUUCAGUUCCCAUUAACUACUCUUGGAGAUGAAGAUAUUCAACACAUGGCAGGAUAAAACUCAUUAUCCUUCAAGGCUACACUACAAAUACUCAGUAAAUUGUGGUAUGCUAUUAAAUCCUGAUGAGAGGUAAAAUGCAGCUAGAAAAAAAAAAUAUAAUCAUGAAAGAG